AUGAGAGGAAGAGGAGGAGAAGGAAGAACAGGUGCUAGUGAGUCCAUCAGUGAAGCGAACGGAGGAGUGAGAGAGGAAGAGGAGGAGGAGGAAGAUCAGGGGCCAGCGAGUCCAUCAGUGAAGCGAGCGGAGGAGAGUGGGGUGGAUAUAGUGCAUGAGGCCCGCGCCAAGAUCUACGUGCAGAAGGCCAAGGGCGAGGAGGGCCCAGCAUGGAAGGACAAGGGCAGCGGUACGGUGAUUGUGAAGCUGCACAAGGGAGGGGCGUCCCUGCGUGCCUCAGUGCUGUUCCGCAACGAUGUGGGCAAGGUGAUGCUGAACGCACCACUGUACAAGGGCAUCACGAUCAUGCUCAAGAAGAACAACAUCACUGCCGUGCUGCAGUCAUGUCAAGAUGACACUGCUCCGGCCGGCGCCACGCUUGACAAAUCCCCAAGGCCUGUGACCUUCAAGCUUGCGUCGGUGAAGGCUGCUGAAGACUUGCAAGCUGGAUUCAAGGAAGCCUGCAACAAGUUCCUCCACACCAGAUUCCUCUCCGCAGUCAGCUCAUCCAGCCAAAGCCUACUCUCAGCCAUGGCUGCCUUCGCUGUCUGCUCUGCCUCCGUGGUGGCUCCCACCAGCCUCUUGGCUAACAAGAGCGCUGUGUCGAGCAAGGUCGCUGCUACCCCCAUGCUCGUCAGCAACAAGAGCCGCGUUGUGAUGAGCGCGGAGAAGAAGCAGAACGUCGCUCUCCCCGCCACCGCUGCUCUGCUCGCUGCUGCCAUCAUCCCCGAGAUUGCUGAGGCCGCCCAGCCCGGCGUGUCCCCCUCGCUGCAGAACCUGAUCAACAGCGUGAUUGCUGGCGGUGUUGUCCUGGGUGCCAUUGCCGUAGCUAUCAUUGGCGUGUCGAACUUCGACCCCGUCAAGAGAAAGUAA